CUCAGCUUGACCAAUCAAAUCUUGUGCUCGGAAAUUUAAACAUUACCAGCUGACCUUUAUCGUGUCCGUGUCUUUCUGCGAAACGUCGUUAAAUUAUUAAAUUACGUUGUAAAUAUGGAUCAUAUUAACGACGAGCCCACAAAGUUGUAUUUUUAUGAAAACAGGCUUUUAACCUUUGAUAGCUGGCCAUUUCAGGAAGACUGCGUUUGUACUCCUGAGAACAUGGCUAAAGCAGGAUUCAUUCACGUGCCCUCUGAGAACAGUCCUGAUAUUGCACAGUGCUUCUUCUGUCUUAAAGAGCUGGAAGGCUGGGAACCAGAAGAUGACCCUGAAAAGGAGCAUAAAUCACAUUCACCCAGCUGCAAUUUCAUCACAUUGAAGAAGUCUGUGGAGAGUCUGACUGUGGAGGAGUUUCUCAGGCUUCAGAAAGAGAGGCAGAAAUUUAUUAUUAAAAAGAUGUGUGGCCAGGCCAUUGACAAAUUUGAAGAAGCAGUGAAGUUGAAACGAGGACAGAUCAUCCAGUCUGCCAUGGGUGAAGAAUGAGGAUAAUAAAUAUGACGCUGCUGUUGUUAUUGCUUUCACAAGACAUUAUUUCCAAUUAUCCAUAAUUUGAUCUUUUUGAUAAUCAACUCAUUUGGAGUAGGUGAAGUUUGUAUAUAUGUAUAUAGCCUGUCUCUGUAGACUUUAGACUUUAUUUGGACCGGACACUGGAAUGUUUCAGUUUGGGUAAUUUUAUGCAUUCUUUCCUGGAAAUAAACCUUUGUUUUAAAGUCAUGGCUGACUUCUGAGUCAUUUUAAAUUCUAUAAGGAUGUCACAUUGUGCGUAAGUACUUUUCCUAAUCACAAUAAAAUGGUGCAUUUAGAAAAUUACAGUUUGGAUGUAGAGUCUGAGUUAUUAUAAUGUGAGAUAAGAACUAACUGAA